CACGGGAAAAUGCUCAACAAUUGUAAAGUUUUAAAAACAGAGGCUGUAAACCCAGUCAGUAGCUGGUUUUGUUCCGCAGUGGGUUGUUAUUUCUUCGCUCAGAUUUUUCGACCUCCAUUUAGUUUUGAUUGAAUUUAAAAUUAGAAUUUAGAACAGCGUUAAAGAUGGCUAUCGGAGCAGGGAUGUCUUGUGUUAAAUACCUACUAUUUUCUUUCAAUCUGUUAUUCGCGAUCACGGGCCUGAUAAUCCUGAUAGUGGGGGCAAAGGCAGAGAUCAACUCGUAUCCAUAUGUGAACUUGACCGACGAGAGCUUCUACACAUCAGCACCAGUUAUUCUGAUCAUAGUGGGCUUGAUUGUCUUCAUCGUUGCUUUCUUCGGCUGCUGUGGGGCUGUUAAGGAGAACCAUUGCAUGAUAGUUACGUUCUCCGUGUUCCUGCUGAUGAUUUUCAUAGCUGAACUGGCCGUCGGCAUCGCUGGUUACGUGAAGCACCAGGAUCUAGAAACCUCCAUCGUCCGAUCCCUCAACGAAUCGCUGAAGCACUACUCCACGGACUUGGAUAUUCAAAAGAACUAUGAUAUCAUUCAGACUGACCUCCAAUGCUGCGGCAUCUACGGGCCCGGCGACUGGGCGGACAACGGCCUGCCCAUACCGGCCAGCUGCUGCGCGGUGCAGGAGAUCGCGGACAGCAAGCCGGUGGCGUGCACGCCCGCCUCGCCCGGCUUCCACACCGUGGGCUGUCUGAACAACAUCCUCGCGCAUCUGAAGGACGUGGCCUUGGUGCUGGGCGGCGUGGGCCUGGGGAUCGCGUUCGUGCAAUUGCUCGGCGUGAUCUUCGCAUGCAGCCUCGCUCGCUCCAUCCGCAGCCAGUACGAGACCGUGUAAACUCACACGAGCUUUAUAUAUUUGAUCAGUUAUACCUGCGUCUAUAUUCAUUGUGAUAAGUAUAAGUCCCAUUUUGCAUAGAGAUAAUUGUUAUUUUGUUUAAUUUUUUAUAUAUAUUUUUUGUAAUUUAAUUCAAAUGAAUCUUUUUCCAUAAAAGAUCUCAAACUCGAAUGUUCUUUUUAAUGAUUUAUUAAUGUUUAGGAGCAGGGUAACGGCUCUAGUGUGAUGUAUUUGGCGUGAAAUGCACAAUGCACUGAUUGGAUCAAUUUUCAGCUUAGUGUGCUCAGUGUUAAGACUGAUUUUCGAAUAGACAUGGUGACGAUUGCCAAAUCUUUCUAUCUGUCCCCCUAUUUUAAAAUUACGCCGUGGAUUUUAUAGUACAAAACUACGAAACACAUUUUCAUAAAACAUACAUAAUAUAUAUCCGAUUCUCAGAUAUUCCACGGUGUAAAUAUAUAAUUAAUGGAUGUUAUAUAAUCUUUGUCAAACUUAGAGAUAUAUUUAAUAUUAUAUUUCGUAUUUGAUGUAGAUAAGGUUGCUGUUUAGUAUUAACUCCAGAUUAUAUCUAUUUAAAAACAUAUGACUGUUAAAAUUCUUUCCACAUUUGCAGUACUGACAGUUUAUAAAGGACAAAAAUGGCAACCUUUUGUAGAUGUGGUGCACUUCUCUAGAAAUUGUUUUGUGUAGAUGCAAGGUGCAGUAGAUGUACCAGAUGAGAUUAACUUGCAUCAUAUGAAACAAUAUAUUGGUGUUUAAAUCUUUUCUGUACCUAUAUUUAUAAUAAACUUCAUACGAUAUA